CUCGGCUGAGAUGCAUAGAGAGAGUGGACGGACAGAAACACUGGCGUUUCUUUUUGAGAGAGAGGGGGGUUUAUUUACUAAUUUCCAUCACCACGCCCAGACGGAGGAGUCAGUUUUUUUUGGAGAGCUGACGUCGGCGAAAUGAAAUCGGCUCGCAGCACUUUUCCUCCCAGAAUGGAAGUAGUAGUCGUGGAGGUGAUACGGACUUAAACUCGCCUGACUUGCCAGGAUAUUGAACCCGUUGUCCUUUUUCUUUUUUUCCCCCCUCUCUCUGAGUAUAAGACAGCUUUUUACAACGAAGCCCAUCUCUGUGGCUGCUCAUUUUACAGUGCCCCCGUAUGGACGAUGAGGAGGAUGAUGUGUUUGAGCCAGACCCCCACUACUGCUGGCGCACCACAUUCAGAGAGAUAAAGUGCGAGGACCGGGGCACACAGACACCUGGCCCUGCCCUGGCACCCAACAACGGCAUGCUGCCCUGUGGAGUCGCAGAGGAGCCCAGACCACUCUUCUACGGCAACGCGGGUUUUCGAUUGCACUUCCCGGCACGCUUUGAGCUUGUCGGGGAUCAGGAAGUGAGGCGACAAGAAAGUGAAGGGGAGCAAAACGGGAUGGAGCAGCUACCCCGGCAGCAACCUGUGGCCCGCAGUGUGGAGGCCUGCAUUGGCCAGAAACUCCAGCUGAUAGGAGACCAGUUUCACCGGGAACACCUACAACUGUAUCAUCGAAACCAAAGGAACCAGGGGCGGAUGUGGUGGCGCCUGGCCGCGACUCUGCUCAGCCUUCUGUUUGACAGGGGGUUCAUUGCUGGAGGAGGUGGAGCAGGACGGAGGUGAGGGGGCUCUCCCCGUCUGUCUGAGGGACUGGACUCCUAAUGGCACUGUCAAAUCUAACACGGGUCUGUUUUGGGGGGGGGAAAGAAAGGAGACAAAGGGUCACCGCGGGACGGAGACAACCAACUUUUAUACAAGGUCGUGUGUUUUUUUUCUUUCCGAGAAGAUGCCAUGAUGCUCCGAGAUUCCUCUACAGGACAAUGUUCAUAUUUUGGUAUACGUGUGGUGUAGUCGUUUUGUACAGUACAACGUUCCUGUUGAAAUUUUUGCACUUCAACAUGUAUCCAUCUUUAAUGACCUCCACAGACCCUGGGAAUGCCUUAUUCAACUGCCAGAAUGAGUAUUGAGCAAUUUUGAGAUGAGGCGAGAUGAGAUGGUUAGGAAAUGAAAGGAAACGUGGCGUGAGGUUUUCUGAAGUUUCCCAAGUGACCAGACAAAGUUGAUUUACUAAUUUCCAAAGAGGCAACUUCUCAGAACAAAAGCAUUUUGCACCUCACCUCAAUGGGACAUUUAUCUUUUCUUAAUUUCUUUAUUUUGCUGUCUGUUUUUAGUUUUUCUUACUUCUCCAUUUUCUUUGGUAUGGUAUUACGUUUGAACACGAUCCCUCAGUAGCAUUCACAAAUAUUGGGAACAAAGUUUCUGCACAUGAAAAAAGUCUGCACACUUUAACUUGUGAUCUAAAUAUCCUUUUUUUUUAAUAUGCACAGUUGUUUGUAAGGCAAGCCUUUCUUCAGUCGCGUGCUACAUGACAGAACAUUUAGAUGACUCAGGAAGUAUCGGGGUGGAGUUUGCAGUACUGAACGUCAUUGACUGGUCAAACACGCCUGGUGACUGCCAGCACACCUGUGAACAACAGCAUACAACAGCUAAUAUUGAUAUUAGAAAUUGGGGAUAAUGAAACUGAAAACAAAUUUUUAAAAAGCAGUUAGCUGUAAUUAAUGAGUAUUAUUUUUAAAUGACAGCGAGAAGUGCAUAAUCAACAGUCAUUACUUUUAAUACCAACACACUGUUUAAAUCUUUUGGGCUACACCCAAACAUUUGAAGAGAUCAUUUUUAUUGACAUAUUAUAUAUGACUUAUUACUACCGUUACUGAUUCAUUUCAAGUUCUGAUUAUGCAACUCCCCUUAUUGUAUUAUUACUUCCUUAACACAGCUACUCUGUGUCUGCAUGUUGUCUGAGAUGUAGCACACUAAAGAAGGCGCGGAAAGAACCUUUAAAGGAUGCAUGAAAAGAUAUUUAGAUUAAAGUUAUGUCGUGCUGACUUUUGCAUGCGUUUUAGAGGUCUAGCACCUGUGCACUAAAUUUUAACAUUAGAGUAAAGCACAUUGUUUGUAAUACAGAGCAAAUUUAAGUAUUCUUUACCUAAAUAGUAACAAAACAAUUUGGCUACCAUAAAGAUUUUAAAACUUCAGUGAGAACACCCGAUAUUCUUCCCUCCGUUGUUCCCACAUUCAUUCCCACAUUCAAGUCAUCCCUGUGUUUUCCGUGUGUUCUUUUCAUGUGAUUGUUUUCAGACCUCCAUGCCCUUGAAGUGGAGCUGUGGAUCCACUGUUUUUGCACUAGACGUACACCCUUCAAGAGUUCAGAUUGUUACCACGCUAACCUCUGUCUUGUAUGAAGGUUUUCAGUUAUGACUUGUUUUCACGCCUCAACAUUUCAGAUGUAUUCACUCUUUAUGUCCAAGACAAAUAAUCAAUGUUGAGAGACCUGACUGAACGCAGUCUGGGAUAUGGAUUGGAUUCUGGAAAUUUCACGCACCAGUGUUUCAGGCUACAAUAGAGUUACAAUAGAGCCUCAAUUGAAAGGUUUCUGUCCUGUUUUGUUUUGUUUUUUUCUUUUUCACAGCCCGUGUGUGUUCUGAACACCAAACAAUACUGCAUAAUCAAUCUGUGAAACAGAUCGUCUCAGGCUACUUUUACGGGGUUUUACAUCAUUUUAUAUUCUGUUGGGUGAUCUUGUAUUGUCUUUGGUGCUCAGAUCCAGAUUUGAGACAUUUUUAGUACAUAUAACCACUCAGCAGACAAAAAGACAAAAGUGAAAAAGACUGUAAUUAUUGUUGAAAUAUGAAUAUGUUUAAAGACACUGUUGAAGAUGCUGUUUGUUAUAUUUUCCAUUGCUGAACCCAGGCCAACUCGUGGACCCAAGGAGCAGUACAUAUCAGGGGUCUGUAAUUACUCGCUCCUUACAAUGUGUCAAGUUUAUCACUGCAUAAUUAGGGUUUCCUCUCAUUCUCUUAAAGAUGUCUCAGGGACAGACUUUGUGGGCUACUGGUGACCUUGAGAAUCUGUUACAUGGUUAGAAGAAGAGCAGUGUUUUCAUCCGUUUUAUUUAUGACAAAACCCCUCGAGGUGUCGUCAAGUCUUUCAUUUUCAUUUCAGUUUUAAAAAUCCUCUCGGCCAAUUUCUCAGCACACAUAUAUAAAGGUACAGUUUGACUGAGGAGACUGAGGCUGGCUUGCAGACUGUGGUGGUGACGGGGGCUACUGAACGUGUAGACGUGUGAGGUGCACUGAAUGUGGUUGUGGUUAUAUAGUUUCCUGCGGAUCCUGAACGCUGAGCCAGUCCCUGUAGCGCCCCUGUCUCACCACUGGCUCUUGACUUCCUUUUUGUGCUGCUCCUUUAUUACAUUGUUCAUCAUUGGUUCAUUUUUCUUUGUAAUUUAUUUUCUUCCUUCUUAUUUAUUUUUGUAUAUUUGCCCAUUUCUACUGUAUACACCCGUGUGUGCAAUUACUUUCCUUUUUUUUUGUUUUGGUCUUGGACUUGCUUCAGUUGUUUGACUGUGCAGAGCAAGUUGGACUGCAUUGUACUGGACAUUUCUUCAUAUGAUACUCAACCCAAAUUCUACUUUUUGGAGUAUCGCUCAUCUCCUGUAGGCUCUAAGAAGGGUUUAGUUUUAUGAAGAACAGCAGCUAUGGUCUGUUAGAAUUCAUGUUGGUUACAACGUUUGCAUAGUGCAAUAACACGGUCAUUGUUUCGCCAAAAUCCACUGCUUCUGUCAGCGCUUCAUAGCAAUGAGGUGGACAAUAUUGAGUAGAAGAAAUAGCGUAUUCAUCCAUAUAUCCAAAAUGUAACUGUUGGAAUACAUUGAAACCAACAUGAAUUCACCGUGACCACAGCUGCUGCUCUUCAUGAAGAAGAAAACUACAAGCCUCACCUUUCAAGCCUACGGGAUGGGUGUUUGAUUCUCAAAAAAUAGAUUCUGGGUGGAGCGUUUCACUUAAAAGGUUGUGAUUUUCCAGGGAAGGGCCCAACCAAUUCAGACCUUUUUCAUUAUCUUCCACCACCCCAUUUCACCAGUCAUCAUGGGUAGAUUCACAAAAUGCGGUUUAGAAAAGCAGCAGCUUCAACGCAAUUUAACCUUUCAACAGGAUGUGACCUUUCCUUUGUAAUUAAUGAGUCAUUACCCAUCCCACCCAUCGCUAAUGAUACACAUGACAGUAGAAAUGCUUCAAAACAGAAAAAAGGUUGCCUUCAUAUUAAGUCACAGGGCGUUUGUUUAUGUGUUCAAUUCUUUAAUCUUGAUCAUUGUGUUGUAAUCAACAUGCACUGGAAAGUACUUUGUUUCUGUAGAUCCCAUGGGUCCCUUAUCUGUUGUGUGUUAACGUAUAGUAUAUACUCUGGAUUGUUCUCUCGGGCUAGUCUUGCCAUGUGUCAGACGUAUAUCUGUGCAUUGACCAAGUAGGCUCGGAUUGACGGCCUGUUUGAUUUAUUGGAAAGGGAAACAAGCCACCGUGGUGCCCUGUAUAAUUGUGUUAGAAUGAGGUUCCCAAACUGCACUCAUCACAUUAUAUGUGAGUGUGGAGGAUCCCUAGAGUGGGACAUGUAUUUUAUGGAAACCGUCAGUGUCUUGAAUUUUGUAGUCCACUUUAUAUAAAUUUGAAGUUUUUCGAGGAAGGUUUUGAUUUUUGAUUUUUUUUUAAUGAUAACAUUUCUUCUUCGUGGUCUUUCUUAACUUUUUAAAAUGUAUUUUCUUAAGAAAAAGGGUGUGCUUUUAUAAGGACAGUUCAUUGCUUGUAAAAUAAUUUUGAAUACGAGUAGGAUCCUUUUGAAGUCCAUGAGAUCAAGGGCAUUUUUUUUUAUAUGAAAAAUGAACUUGCAACAUUCCUUGCACAUCUCAUCGUGGUGUAUAAAGAAAAAACCAAGCAAACCAAAAUAUUUCAUGGUUGUGGUUAACUUGGCUCAUGAGCUUAUAGCUGUGGACUAUUUGCCCUUCUUUAAAGAACAGAUAAAGUGUACAUGUAUUUCUAAAAAACCCUGGAAUAUGCCUUUAACUGCUCAGUUUCAACGAAGUCUUGAUUAUCACACACUCUCUGUAUACCAAGAAAUGAGACCCAGCGAAAAUGUAGCAUUUUUGUAAACAUUGACUGUGUGUUUUCGAGACUCUACUGUGCACUCAUUUUUUUGUGUUUAUAUAUAUUUUUUGGUUGUUGAUAUAAUAUGGAAGUAAAGACAAUUUGUUAUGUAGUGCAAUAUGCUGUACAUAUGGAGCUUUGCUCUACAAAUCUUUUUUCUGGAUUUCUUGUUGUUUAUUGGUACUUUUUUUUUUUCAAUAAAAUUUUAUUGAAGGUGU